AUGUACUUUCUUAGACUAUUAAUAUUAUGCAGUAUUUGUGUUUCGAUACAAUCAACGAUUAUUCCUCAAGAAUUAGAGAUUAGACCGUUCAACAUUGAGGAUGAAGCUGCUCAUCAAUACGGACAACAAAGAAAAGGUUUAAAUGGCUUAAUUAAGAGAUUGAGGUUCGGAGGAUUCUCAUCAGGUUCUAGAGGAGGUUCUAGAGGAGGUUCGUCGAGUGGAUCGUCUUCAGGUUAUAGAGGUGGUGGAUCGUCUUCAGGUUCUAGAGGUAGUGGAUCGUCUUCAGGUUCUAGAGGUAGUGGAUCAUCAUCAGGUUCUAGAGGUAGAGGUAGUGGAAGCAGAACGGGGGCAGGGAUAGGAGCAGGGCUAGGGAUAGGAGCAGCAGCAGGACAUAGGCAUAGAAAUAAUAAUUCCUCAGAGACUAGCUCGGCGAGCUCUUCGCGUUUAUCGCCACAUGAUCUAUUUGGGUCGCCUAUAAAUAUCGCUAUUGUAUUAUUGUUAACUUUGGCAUACGCAAACAUUUAA